AUGAGGAAGCUGGAAGGAUUUCUUAGAAAAAGAUCCUGACUGGGUUGAAGCUUGUGGGGAUGGAAAUGGAUUCUUCGAAGACGCUUUCACCGGAUAACUUUCCUCUGAUCAGGUCUUCGCUGGAGUUGGUGGAGCAUAGGCUGGAGCACAUGAAGGCGGUCUUCGUACCGCUUGUCGCUCGGAUCAACAAUGCUUUACUGGAUGGGAAGGGGGUGGAGCAGAAGCUGGCGGCCAUGGAGAAAGGGCUUGCUUCGAACCAAGUUGACAAAGAGGGAGGCGGAGGUGGGGAAGCCUCCAAGGAUUUCAUGCUGUUUUCGCUCGAGUACAAGUCUCUGGUCGCGAACUUGACUGCUCUGAGAAAGCUGUUUGUUGAGCAUGGUAUUCCCGCGUACGUGUCACCCUAUUUAUCUACAGAGGAGAAGUUGGAUUUCAUGGAGCAAAUGCUUGUUUCCGAGAUGGAGACGAUAAUCUUGAACGAGAGACCAGCUAUGAGCACAGAGGUCCACUCAAGGUUUGGGCCUCUGAUGGAGAAGUUGGCUACCCUGGAGAAGAUGUAUACUGUUGCGAUGGGAAAGGCAUUGCACAUUUAGUGAAGGAGUUCUAUAAACAGUAUUAUUAAUCGAUUUCAAUUGAUAGGCAGAGCACCGAAGAUAGAAUUCCAGGCUUCCAAAGGCACGUG